GAAGUACCAGAGCUAUGGCUCGAACCCAGCAGACGGCUCGCAAGUCUACCGGUGGCAAGGCACCACGAAAGCAGCUGGCCACCAAGGUGGCUCGCAAGAGUGCACCUGCAACCGGAGUUGUGAAGAAGCCACACCGCUACCGACCAGGCACUGUGGCCUUGCGUGAGAUCCGCCGAUACCAGAAGUCUACUGAGCUGCUGAUUCGCAAGCUGCCGUUCCAGCGCCUGGUGCGCGAGGUUGCGCAGGAUUUCAAGACCGACCUGCGCUUCCAGAGCUCCGCUGUGAUGGCUCUGCAGGAGGCUUGCGAGUCCUACCUGGUGGGGCUCUUCGAGGACACCAACCUGUGCGCCAUCCACGCCAAGCGCGUCACCAUCAUGCCCAGAGACAUCCUGCUGGCCCGCCGCAUCCGCGGGGAACGGGCUUAGGCCCCUAGGGUCACCCACUUCGUGCUCUGUCACCCCAAAGGCUCUUUUCAGAGCCACUCAAUAAGUCGGAGAAAGUGGCUGUACCACUCUGGGGUUUCUGGAUCACAGGGUUUCCUCUCCUUUUGCUCCCUUCUGUCUCCCCUGUGUAAUAUUUAGUUAGGCUGGUUAUGUGCAUGGGGUAAUUCAAACUUACGCAGCCUGCUCCCAGUUGAGUGCCGAGUUUAUGAGCUUUGUUUCCAACAAGUUGUCCUGAAUCCGGCCUUGACGCUGUUCCAGAUGGUAGAGCCAGGAACUAGUCUGGGUCAGUGUUACAGGAAGCCCCCCAGGAAGCUCACUGGGAUCAGAACACACCACUCUGCAGCACAGCAGGCUCAGGGAAAGCCACUGUCUACACCUGCAGCCCUCUAAAUCCAGAGCCAGCGAUGCUCACCCAGAACAGGCCAUCUACACCCAGAGUCAGACUCUACACAGCCCUGGAGAUGCCUAGCCUCACAGGGCUCUGUGGCCCUACUGGUCCCUACUUUCUCUGUGCAGCCCCAGCCUCCACUUCCUCACCUGACCCCUCUACCUCCAGGCACGGGCUUGGUGAGUUUGGGUGGGGAGUGGCUUUGGGGGUCAAAUCCAUCAGCGGGUACUGAAAAGAACCUCUUCCCACCCCAGGCCCAGGGGACCCGAUCCUCUGCACCUAAGC